UGACUAAAUUAGCUCGUUCCAGCAACGGGAGCCGCUGUUGCGGUUUUUCUUCGUCUACCUCUCAUUUCUUCACUCUCUCUGCUCAGCAGAACCACAUCACCCAUCCUCACCUUCCUAUCCACCACCGCAGCUCUUCAUCGCUCAAGAUGUUCAAGAGCCGCAUGUCCUCCUUUGCCCGCCCGGCCUUCUCGGCUGCCACGCGGCGCGUAGCAAAGCCCUCCUCCCUCAGAUUCCCUCUCGGCUCGAGAUUGGCGAGCACAUCAGGUGUUGGUGAUGGAAAGAUUCACCAGGUCAUCGGUGCCGUCGUCGACGUCAAGUUCGACACAGCGAAGCUGCCCCCCAUUCUAAACGCCCUUCAGACAGACAACCAGGGCAACAAGCUCGUCCUCGAGGUCUCGCAACAUUUGGGUGAAAAUGUCGUCCGUUGUAUUGCCAUGGACGGUACUGAGGGUCUCGUCCGAGGCGCCAAGGCUACCGACACUGGCGCUCCCAUCACAAUUCCUGUCGGCCCUGCCACACUCGGUCGUAUCAUUAACGUCACUGGUGACCCGAUCGACGAGCGUGGACCCAUCAAGUCCGAGCACACCCUGCCCAUUCACGCCGACCCUCCUGAGUUCGUAGACCAGUCUACUACUGCUGAGGUUUUGGUUACUGGUAUCAAGGUCGUCGAUCUUCUCGCUCCCUACGCUCGUGGUGGAAAGAUUGGUCUGUUCGGUGGUGCUGGUGUCGGAAAGACUGUCUUCAUUCAGGAGCUGAUUAACAACAUCGCCAAGGCUCACGGUGGUUACUCUGUCUUCACUGGUGUCGGUGAGCGUACUCGUGAGGGUAACGAUUUGUACCACGAAAUGCAGGAGACCUCCGUCAUUCAGCUUGACGGCGAGUCCAAGGUCGCCCUUGUGUUCGGUCAGAUGAACGAGCCCCCCGGAGCUCGUGCCCGUGUCGCCUUGACUGGUCUUACUAUUGCCGAGUACUUCCGUGACCAGGAAGGCCAGGAUGUGCUUCUCUUCAUCGACAACAUUUUCCGUUUCACACAAGCCGGUUCUGAGGUGUCUGCUCUGCUGGGUCGUAUCCCCUCUGCUGUCGGUUACCAGCCUACUCUUGCCAUUGAUAUGGGUGGUAUGCAAGAGCGUAUUACCACCACCAAGAAGGGUUCCAUUACCUCCGUCCAGGCCGUCUACGUCCCUGCUGACGAUUUGACUGACCCUGCCCCCGCUACCACCUUCGCUCACUUGGACGCCACCACUGUCUUGUCCCGUGGUAUCUCCGAGUUGGGUAUCUACCCCGCCGUCGAUCCUCUUGACUCUAAGUCUCGUAUGCUUGACCCUCGUAUUGUUGGUCAGGACCACUACGAGACCGCCACCCAGGUCCAGCAAAUUCUCCAGGCCUACAAGUCUCUCCAGGAUAUCAUUGCCAUUCUGGGUAUGGAUGAGUUGUCAGAAGCUGACAAGCUUACUGUCGAGCGUGCCCGUAAGAUCCAGCGUUUCUUGAGCCAGCCUUUCACCGUUGCCCAAGUUUUCACUGGUAUCGAGGGUAAGCUGGUUGACCUGAAGGAUACCAUCGCCUCCUUCAAGGCCAUUCUGAAUGGUGAGGGAGAUGACCUCCCUGAGGGUGCUUUCUACAUGGUUGGUGACUUGGCCUCGGCCCGGGCGAAGGGUGAGAAGAUUAUGGCGGAUCUAGAGAAGUCAUCAUAAUUGGCUAGACUGGGUCAUGUUAAAUAGAAGCUGCCUACAAGGGGGCGGCGGCCUGUGUAUAUCUAGAAAAGGGGAGCUAUGUGGUGUGGCGUGAUUUCUAGCUCAAAUCAAUUCCCUUUGUUGAGCUGUAUACCAAGAAAUGCAUCCUAAUUCUUAAAAAUACUUUGUCC